AUGAAGUGCACCACAUGUAAUAAAGAAGUUGAAAAUAAAAAAGAGCACUAUAAAAGUGCAAUACAUGAAGAAAACUCUAAAAGGCGAUUGGCGGGCAUAGAACCCAUGGAUAGUCUGGAGGUAAAAGAGUGCGAGAGUAUAAGCGUAAAAAAGCCAGAGACUAAUAAUAAACGGACAGAAGAAACUGGCGUGUAUGCGCUAAAGGAGAAUGAGUGCCUAUACUGCGAUGAGAUAGUCAGCGGCGAGUAUAUUGAGCAUUUAGAAAUGCACGGAUUUAAACUGCUUCUUCCUCAGUAUAUAGUGAAUGUGUGCGGUUUGAUAAAGCAUUUAAAAGAAAAGAUUGGAUACUGCAUGUGUACUUGCUGUAAUAAAAGGUUCUCGUGUAUUAGCAAAGCACGCAGCCAUAUGGUAUCAAUGCAUCAUAUGAACUAUAUCAACACGGAGGAAUAUGACAGUUUUUAUAGCUAUCCAGAGAAGGGCAUUGGAUAUAUUUCACAGGAUGGAAGUGAGCUGUACUUGCCAUCUGGAAAGAUUGCUGGAAACAAGAGGUACAAUAAGUACUAUGCACAGACACUGAGAGAUAUAGAAUACUACCAAGAUAUGAAUAAGAAACACACACAAGUGGUGACAAAAGAGGUACCAGAGCAGACAGAAGAAGAGAAAUUAAAGAUAAAACAGUUUACUCAGCGCUUUGAGAGAAACAAACUCAAAAUAGGAAGAAGCAAUAAUAAUCAAAAACACUUUAGAGAUGACUGGAUGCAAUAGGUAUAUUUGCAUUGGGUUGUUUUUUCAGUGUGCUAUGAAAUAUUCCAAAAGUUUGCAGACAUAGAGCGUAUCUUAUUCUGAAAUAUGAGUUAAUAUUUCAAUUGAAUGCAGAGAUGUGUGCUAGGGGAAUUUAGGAUGGUUCGUAUGAGUAAAUAGCUGUCUGCAUAUAGAUUUGUAGAGAUUGCAUAAUUUAAAUAUUCUCGUCUAAUUUAAUUUUCAGUUAUAUUUUAGAGUAUCUCUGAUUAUAUUUAGAAGACGAAGGCGCUUAGUGUUAUAAUAAAGGGUCGGCA